CGGAGGAAGCCGGGGGUGGGAUCGGGGUCGUCUCACGGUGGCAGACAUGGACUUACCUUGCGAUUGUACCUCGGAAACGCCAGCUCCGGAGCAGCCCUCGGGGAAGAUCAACAAAGCAGCUUUCAAAUUAUUCAAGAAGAGGAAGACGGGGAGCACCCUGCCUAGCAUUUUUGGGGUCAAACACAAAGGGGAUGGGAAAAGCUCGGGCCCGGCGGGGAUGGUGAAGAGUCGGACGCACGACGGCUUAGCCGAGGCGGUGUCGGUGCUGGAGAGCGGCCGGAAGGAGGAGGAGGCGGCCCGCGAGGAUGGGGCGGCGGGCCGGGGCCGGGCCGGCCUGGGGGCCCCCAAAGCCCCCGAGGGGCGCGGCGGGAGCUCCCCGGCCAACCACCACAGCGCCGUGGCCAAGUCGCACAGCUUCUUUUCCCUUUUGAAAAAGAACGGCGGCGGCAGGCCGGACAGCGGCCGGGGAGGCGAGCCCUCGGACGCGGGCAAGGCUGCGGGCAAACAAAAGAAGGGGCUGCGAGGGAUUUUUAGCAGUAUGCGUUGGCACAAGAGGGACAAGCGCGGCGGCGGCGGCGGCAAGGAUGGAGAGAAGGAGGCGGCGGCCGCGGCGUGCGCCCCGAGCCCCGGCGGCCUCCUCCUCCCCGGCUCGCUCACCGCCAGCCUGGAGUGCGUCAAGGAAGAAACGCCCCGGGCCUCCGGCCAGCCCGAGAGCCCCACCGGCCGGGAGACCCCGCCAGACCCCGCAGGUGAGCGCGGAGGGGGAGAGGAGGUGCCCACCCCCACCGUCACCAGCACCGAUCGCGGCCUGGGCCGUGAGGCCCAGAGCCCCGGGGGUCCGCACGACACGCACCCCCGGGCGGAGGACUCCACGGGGUACCCCCAUCCUCAUCACCCGCGCACCGAGAAGUCCUGGACACCCCCCGAUCCCGGAGCGGAUGAGGUCGGCUCGGCUCAGGAGGCUCCCAGCACAGGUGAUGUUCUGAUAAAGCCUGUCCCCCCUGUCGACUCGGAGUGUGGCAGUGGCCGGGCAUCUGCCAUCCCUGACCUGUCUUACUCUGUUGACCCACCCUCUGACCCAUCGGCCGAUCGUAUUUGUUUGAUGUUUUCUGACGUGACUUCACUGAAAAGCUUUGACUCUCUUACAGGCUGUGGAGAUAUUAUUGCAGAUCAAGAAGAAGAGGCCGAUUCCAGCUGUGACAAGCACAUGCCGGGGUCAGGCCACCACGCCGCCGCCGCCGCCGCCCUGCUCUCUAAAAAGAACCCCACCGUGAUUGCUUACCAAGGAGGAGGAGAAGAGAUGGCCAGCCCCGACGGGGCGGGUGACACUUACCUGCAGGAAUUCUGGGACAUGCUUUCCCAGACGGAGGACCCACCAGAAGCCAGGCCCCAAGACCGAGUGGCGAAGGGAGCCAUGGCCCAGGAAGCCAAGGCGAGCGUGCCCGAGACAGCCAAAGAUGCCAGGCGUGCGGAAGCCGCCAAGGACGCGUCCUCCGUCAAGCGCAGGAGACUCAACCGGAUUCCCGUGGAUCCCCAGGCCAAGGAGGACCCCAGACACCCCGAGAAGGAGCCGCAAGAAGGAGUCCCCAACAGUGAUGAGGGUUACUGUGACUCCACCACCCCUGGUCCAGAGGAAGACCGAGUGAACAGCAGUAAAAAGGCGCGUGUGCCCCGGGACAGUGACAGCGGGGACGCCCUGUAUGACCUCUACACGGAGCCCAACGGGAGCCCCGCCGCCCCUCCUGCCAGCGAGGAGAACACCUGUUUGUCCCGGUUAAAGCCUGUGGUGCCAGGCACCAUCACCUGUCCAUUGCGAACACCGGGCAGUUUGCUGAAAGACUCCAAGAUCCCCAUUAGCGUCAAACAUCUCACCAACCUCCCAUCCAGCCAGCCUGUUGGACCCCAACCACCAUCCAGGAGCGACCUGCCCAGAACAAAAAUCCCAGUCUCUAAAGUGCUGGUCCGGAGGGUGAGCAACCGCGGCUUAGCUGGGACCACCGUGCGGGCAGCUGCGUGCCAUGACAGUGCCAAAAAGUUGUGA